AACCAGCGGGACCCGAUGGCCCUGGAGAAGAUCCUGCGGGACGUGGAGCAGAGCCGGGACGGGCGCGUUGGCUUCCAGGGCUUCUUCUCCCUGGUAGCAGGACUCACCAUCGCCUGCAACGACUACUUCGUGCUGCACAUGAAGCAGAAGGGUCGCAAAUGA